AAAAAUUGCUGCAUACAGUUGAAGUAAUAACUUCUAAAUAAACCCUUAUUUCUAUUAAUUGAUUUUCUAGUUGACGGCCUUUUCUUGCCGGCGUUAGCCGCCGGAAAAAUCAACUUGGAUGGUUUCUACUAUAUAUCACUUCGUUAAGCAAGAUCUAACAAAUUUUCAGUGGAUCUGAAGAAAAUUGAAGGAUCAGAAAAUAUUUUGGUGGUUUGGGUUCGAAGUGUUACUUAGUGUGAUUCAAAUCUGAGCAAGUUACGAAAGUGUUCAAUUUUUAGCAGAAACAACGAGAUAAUGAUUUUCCUUCAUAAAUUCUAAUGCUUUGAAUUUGUGUUGGCUUAGAUCUUUGCUCAAUACGAACGUCAUGGUUGAAUUUGAUUUUUCUUUUCUUAUAUUCGUUGGAUUGAACUUGAAAUUGUUUGACUAUCAUGCAGAGGUAAGUGUUCCUUGAGAAAAUGAAUUUUUAAGUAUGAUUUCUUGCCUGAUAUGUUCUGGACUGUAUAAAAGAAGCUCUUAUGAUGGUUUUUAAACUAGGCUUUUAGUAUCUGGUGCACGGUUGAGCUUGAAAUUGAUCUACAUUUUAUUACGAUUAAGUUAAAGAUUGUUGUUUUAUAUAUCAAUCUACUUGCUAUAUAAAUUGAAAAUCAAUUUAUUUGAUGAGAAUAUAAUCACUUAGGUUAUCAAACUGAAUUAGUUGUGUAAUGAAAGUAUUAAUGGUAGAUUGCAUAAAGUUCAGGAAAGAUGAAUAAUGUUUUUAUUUGAAAAUGUGCAGACUGUGUUACCAUGGCUAGUUUGAGUAUUGGACUCGGACAGUUACCCACUGUAUGCUGUUUGUAGUUUGCAUUCAAGAAUUUGGGUUUGAUUUCAGAAAUUUGAGAUGGAAUCAAAUUUAAAGGAAGCGCUCAGGUUUAAAGCAAAUGCUGAGAAGAAGUUUGCAGAGAGAAAUUUUGUCGGUGCAAGGAAUUAUGCUUUAAAAGCUCAGAUGUCCUGUCCUGAACUGGAGGGCGUUUCUCAAAUGGUGGCAACUUUUGGAGUUUACAUUGCUUCAGAGGCAAAAAUUAAUGGAGAAUUUGAUUUCUAUUCAAUUCUUGGAAUGGAUCCAUCCGCAGACAAGUCUAAGUUGAAGAAACAGUACAAGAAGAUGGCAAUGUUGCUUCAUCCUGAUAAGAACAAAACUGUGGGUGCUGAUGGGGCUUUCAGACUCGUGUCAGAAGCAUGGAAACAUUUAUCCAAUGGUGUUAAAAGAAGCUCUUACGAUCACAGGAGAAAUUUGUACGCAAGCCACGCUACUGGGGCUGGUGGUUAUGACACUUAUUCCAAGCUUGCAGUUUCUCAUAGCAGACUUGACACGUUUUGGACCGUAUGUACCACCUGUCACGUUCAAUAUGAAUAUCUUCGGAAAUAUGUGAACAAACGGCUUUCUUGUAAGAAUUGUCGUGGUAUCUUCAUUGCUGUUGAAACUGGAGUAGCCCCGAUGAAUGGUUCUUUCUCUUAUGGUCCUAGCUCUUUUGCGUCUGAGAAUGGUUAUGGAAGUCAUGGUCGUGGAGCUGCAUACAUCCCAACCACCACUGGAUAUUGUGCACCUAAUGGAGUCUCAGGACAUCAUACUGGACGUGGAGCUGAGUAUGUUUCCAAUUUAUCAUUUCAAUCUAAUUCGUUUUCUGGGUGUUCUGUUGAAGUUUUAGAUCCUAAUGGUUCGUCUACAUCGUCCUUUACUUUUUAUCAAGCGAAUAAGAAGGCAAAUAAAAAAAAAGGUAAUGGAAACCACCACAUUGUAAAGGCUGCAAUUGAUAUUGUCUCCACCCCCGGUACUGAUUAUAACAAAAUAUCAAGACCGAAGCGUGGUAGACCUGCCAAGAAAAUAAAAGUAGAUAUGACGAGCAGUCAGGCUAAUAGACAUGAAGAACUGUCCAAAGAAACUGUUUUGGAAACAAAAAUGACCUCUGGAAAUGGGAACUUGAAGCAUAAUUCUAAACUUUACUCACCAUCUGAGACUUCAAUCAGACGCAGUUCAGCUGCCCCUACAUUUGAUGCUAGACAAUUGUUAAUUGACAAGGCAAGAUCAGAAAUUCGCAAUAAACUUGAAGAGAUGAGGUUGACUUCAGAAGCUGCAGCGUCAGAGGUUGUGAAGAAGAAUACGCAUACUGAAGUUGAUAAAUCCAGUGAAGCUGCCAAACUAUCUGGUUCAACUGGUACUGGCCGUCAAGCAGGACUGGAGAGAACUUUUUCAAUGUCAAUAACAGUUCCAGAUUCAGACUUUCAUGAUUUUGACAAGGAUAGAUCAGAAGACUGUUUUAAGCCCAAGCAGAUAUGGGCCCUCUAUGAUGAAGAAGACGGUAUGCCUCGCUUGUAUUGUCUAAUCCGUGAGAUCAUCUCAGUCAGUCCAUUUAAGAUACAUAUUGGCUACUUGAGCUCUAAAACUGAUAAUGAAUUUGGGUCAGUGAAUUGGUUGGAUUCUGGGUUUACCAAAUCUUGUGGAAACUUUAGGGUCUAUCAUUCAGAAAUUGUGGAGCAAGUCAACAUUUUCUCUCAUCUUCUUGGUAGAGAGAAAGCUGGUAGGGGUGGUUGUGUAAGAAUCUAUCCAAGAAGUGGUGACAUAUGGGCUGUAUAUCGGAACUGGUCACCAGAUUGGAACAGGACUACCCCGGAUGCAGUGAAACACCAGUAUGAAAUGGUUGAGGUUAUUGAUGAUUAUUCUGAAGAGCUUGGAGUUUGUGUUGCUCCUCUAAUAAAGCUAGUUGGAUUCAAGACGGUAUAUCAGAGAAACACCAACAAAGAUGCCAUUCGGUGGAUUCCAAGAAGAGAAAUGUUACGGUUUUCACACCAGGUGCCAUCUUGUUUACUUAAAGGCGUAGACAAUAAAUUGCCCGAAGGUUGCUGGGAUCUUGACCCUGCUGCAACUCCAGGCGACCUUCUCGAGGGAGAAACUGGAGCUCGUAAUGUAAUUCCUAAUCGGGUGCAGAACUCUUCCAAAGCUCCAGAUCAACAAUGUCUUGCGGAAACUUUAGAAUGGGAAGAAAAAUUCAGUAAAACAAAUAACUUCUCUGCAAGUCCUGAUGAUUGGUCCCCGGUAGUUGGCAAACCAUGCGUGGAAGAGAGUACUAGAGUGGAGCUUCCUCAAGUCGGAAAUUUCAUCAAAACUCCAGUUGAGCUUCUUCAGAUUGAAACCAGAGCAAAGACUUGACAAGAAUACUCAAGAAACUCCAAGCAAUCUCAGAAGAGCAUCUUAAAGUCAUGUACGUGACACAACUAAACAAAGCAGAGAGUGAAGUUUAAAGGUCCUUUAAGUUAUUCUGACAGUGCAGAAAUUGAAAAUGUACAGAUUUAAAUACAAAGCCUAGAAACUAUCCUGAGGAAUUUAGGUAAUUGAUGAUCAAAACUGAUCCAUACCCCUUGCCUUCCAUUGUUUUAGGUGGCGUAACUCUGUUGUGCAAUUUGUAAUGGGAAUUCUGUUGACUUCUGGUUUACAAAAAUGGUUCUUAUAUUUGAUCCUAACAAGUAGGUGACGUCGUGCUUGGAUUUUUUUAGGAUACA